AUGAAUGAAUAUAAGGAAGAUGAAGAUACAGGUAUUCCAAAUCUUCCAAAAAAUGACAAGAUUUUCCAUUUAAAAGACGUCAACUACAAUCUCUAUACGAAUCCACAAGAAAUUAAAGAAGGAUUUUUUGAAUUUUCAAUAAAUUUUAGCAAUAUCUUUGAUUUUGAUGGAACAUUUUACAUCCUUCUUUUGAAGGAUCGAGAAGAUCAAAGUGCAGCUAUCAAAGACUUGUCUUUUUUUACAGAUAAUAUUGGUAUCAUUACUUUUCAGAAUUUCUUAGAAGCUGAUAUUUUUAAGUACAUAGUAGCGAUGUUUACGCAAACAGAAGGCUUUGAAUUAGAAUUCGGACACAUUUUUUUAAAUCUAUCAAAAAAUAAGAAUCCGCCAACAUUAGAACCUUUCGUUACUGAUCUGUGUAACAUAAUUUUGAAUCUAAAUGAAAUGUUUUUACCUGAAUAUAUUUAUGCAAUAAAUAACUAUUUUCAAGACGAUGUUCAAUUCAGAAUAGUAAUUCAUAAUCUUCUUACAGUCUUUGUGGCUGAAAAAUUAGCACAAAAACCUACACCAUCAUAUGUUAAUCAAAUUUUAACUUAUUUUCAGAAUUUAUUUUACUUCAGCUUUGUUGAAGUUGAUGUAGAUGAAAACGAAACUCCUCUUUUGAUAAAUUUUGAAGACCAAAUUGUUCAUUUAGUUGCAGAUUAUGUGACCGAAAGAAUUAAAUGCGAAAGUUCAGAUUUAUAUCCACCAAUUCUUGCAAUUCUAGCUCACAAAGGUGAAAUCGCUGAAUAUUUGAUAUCAAUUGGAAUAGAAAGUCAAAUUUUAGAUUUAUUAUCAAAUCAUGAUUCUCGAAUCUCAGAAAAUAUAUAUUUGUUAGCUGAAAAACUGAUAAAAUGGAGGAUUGAGAAUCAUCAAACUUCGAGAAUCGUAAUCAAUGAAAAAUUUUAUAUGAUAAUGCAAAAAGACAUAUUAGGAGAGAAACAGGAUAUUUACAUUCCAACUAUAUGCAAUAUCAUAUAUGAUUUGAUCGUUGAAUAUGGAGAUAUUCUCUAUGAUUAUCUAAUUGAACCUUUUGUUCAAAUGUUGAAUACGGUAUCUUAUCAAGGAUUGAUUCCAAUACUUUAUGUUUUAUGCGAAUAUAUCAUUAUUGCCCCUCUUGAUUACAGAUUAAAAGUUUGCACCCCAGAUUUCUUUGAUCGCCUCAGUUCCUCAAUAGACGAGGCUAUGCCAACGUCUGUUGAAAAGAUUUCGUCAAUGAUCUUGGCUUUAAUUGAAGAUCCAAAUGAUACCGAAAGGCCAUUUGAUGAUAUUAUAAAAGAAUCAGGGAUAUAUGAAGAAAUAUCUGACUAUUUUGAAAGUAGUGACGAAGAACUUCCGAUUACAUCUCAUUUACUUGAUAUUUUGGUAAUCGAAUAA